AUGGUUUCCCUCUCUCUCUCUCUUGUGACCCUGUCGCUGGUCGCACUCGUAUGUGCCGAUGGCGACGGUACUGGCUUCACGCCGACACAGCCCCCACAGUGGAACAAUCUGUGGACACAGCGCGGUGACCACCCAGGGCGUGGGCCUGACUGUGCCAAUCUGGUGCAAAGUCAUCUCCACGACGACACGGAGCUCCACGUGGACCAAUGGCAGCGCCUGCGUAUCCAGGAUGACGCCACCUGCACCGUCACUGCCCUCUGGCUCGGCGACAAGAACACACCAGAGACGCUCAAGUCGUCGGACCUCGCACGCUGGGGCCGCGUGGCCCUCGACAAGGCCUUUCAGGGCAACAGCCAGCAGUGGAUCUCGGUCAAGCAGGGCGUCUUCAACGAGCCAUUCGCUUCGUGGACGAACAAGUGGUUCCUUUGCGUCAUAGACAAGAACACAACAGGCCAUUGCCAGGAACAUUAUUGA